AUGAUUGUUCCCAAACUCGAGAUUAGGUUUAGCGCACUCGAACGAUCCACAGAUAAGUUCAGCCCUAUGACGGUUUCUUCCCCUUCAUCUCGCAAAGUUCAACAACAGCUCCUCCAUCUCCCCAUACCUCCUCCGCCGCGCAAUUCUGACAAACUUGGAACCAUCAUCAUACUGCGUCGACCUGCCCAGGCAGCCGCCGUACCCAGCAACACCCUCGCAGUCUCCACGUUCCCGCAUCUCACGGCCCUCUCCAGCGGGCUAUACCUAAAACGAUCCACCUCGUCCAGCGAGGCCCCAUAA